AUGCUGGAUGUGCAAGGGAAUCGCUAUGCGGCGGUGGCAGCGGUGCACCACAUAGGUGCGUCUGUGGAUGAGGGACACUAUUAUGCCGCGGUGCGAGGUGAGGACGACAGCUGGCUGAUCGUGAACGACAGCGUGAUCACGGCAAUGGAGGCGGAGAAGUUCUUGAACGUGCAAGAUGCCGGCGCAAUGGAAGGCGAGUUGUACUACGUGGUUCUAGAGAAAGCUUCGGGAGGUGGCUCACCGCAGCCCGCGAGCACUGAGCAGGAUGCAGAGGAGCCGUCAGAAGCAGUCGAGGGAGGGGCUGCUGCGCUACUUCAGCCUGCGAGCACAGACCAGGAGGCAGCGGGACCUUUAGAAAUGAUGGCGGAGGGGGCUGCUCUGCCGGUGCCACCGCCUCAGCCUGCAACUACAGAGCACAGCGGAAUGGAGCCAUCAGAAGAGAUCGAGAGGGAAGGCGCUCCAACCGGAGUCAGCUCGCCGUCGCACCCACCUCCAUCUUUCAUGACCAGCAGUCCUGGCCCAAGCAGGUACGCUCCUGCCGGCGAGAGCACAGGCGCACCCGCCGGUGUGCGUGGUGCCGCUGCUGUCGAUGGGGUGCUGCCACCGCCUGCGAGUCCCAUGCGCACUUUGAGUCAUGGCCAGGACAGUGGUUCGGAAGAUGCCGAAAGCUUGUUCGAGGCGGAUGUAGCGGCCUUCCUAACCGCUGCGAGUACUGGGUCAAUCGCAGAGGCCUUGCGAGACAUGCCUGCCCAGAGUCCUUUCGUGGACAAGCUCACCUUCGAGCAAUGCCUCUGUCGGCUGCAGGCAGGAUUAAAGGCAGUGCGAGAAGGGACGCUUACGGCGGGGGAAGAGGUUGAUGUGUUCACGCCGCUGUGGUGGCUGGCAGAUUAUCGAUUGGCAAUUUACAUGGAAGCGUUUGCGCGCGUGGUUGCCCUGUCGUCAACUAUGUUGUUGGAGACCUUUAAAGCUUUCGCUUCCUCACUGCUACAUCGAAAUUUGGCGGUGCAGUGGUCAGAUUACACACUCUCGCAUCGCUAUUGGGCGCAAGUGGUGACCGACAUAGGCACCGGAAAGUCGCCCGUGAUGAAGACUGUGCGGGAAGCCUUCAAGCGUGCCGCAGAAGAGAGAGUAAGUCAGUGGCUGGCGGGGCCGGCAGAGAUGGAGCACCACCUCAUUACCGAGUCCACGCACGACUCGCACAUCGUGUUGACGCGUCUGCUGGAGGCCGCGCACGGGGGACGAUAUGAUUGGGACACGCAAGCUGACGUCCUGGCAAGGCCCGUGAAGGCACGCAAGACCGCUGGUCACGAGGAGAGAGUAGACUGCGGUGUGCAUUUCGAGACAACCAACAUUGGCAUGGUGCUCCUGCAGCAGCCGUCGGUCUUGAGCACGUGGUGGGCGCCAAGCGAGGUGCAAGCGCUUUGUCUCUACUUUGCAGAGGCAGGCUGUGUAUUUUCCGCCGGACGACGUGGCAGUCAGCUAAUCUAUCCGGCGGGGCUACGAGACAAGUUCGUUGAGUUCAUGUCGGAGAUCUUCCAGCGCAUCAUCGUGCACCUCGGGCACAAGGCACCCCUCUACGGUGACCAGCUUGUCUGGAAGUUAGAUGGAGUUGGGCAGGCAGCACUGCUCGAGGCCCGCGGCGCGAUGCACGAAGCGUCGCAAGAUGCAUAUUACGCCGACGGCGGCACGCUCAACUCCAUGUUUGAGAAGCUUUCCUAUUUCUGGACACAUGAAGGUCUUCUGACAACAGUGUGCCAAGAGGCCGUUGCAUCCAUCGUGGAGCAGCGGCCUUUCAGGAGCGGGUCGCGGCAGAUUCCCGCCGCUGCAAGCAAGCUGGCCUUGGAAUGGACGCACCGACGCCUUGCUCGAGGAUUCAACAUGCUGGAUGUGGACAUCAGUCGGGGCAGUUGGCGAGCCCGGGAAGGCGCUGCUGUGCGCCGCUCUGUCGGGCCUUUCAAGGCUGCAUCUUCCCACGCGCAGGAGGUUGCUGUCAAGCUUCUGCGAGCCACCCCUGGCGCCAUCAUCUACGCGGACGUCGCGGGGCGCAACGUGCCUGUGUUUCGCAAUGUGUACUCAGGUGAUGCGCUGAAGCGGGAAGAUGCUUACCAGAAGCUCAUGGCGACGGGGCAGCAUCUGGAACGCCACGGCUUCGGCGUUUUGAAGGUGCGGCCCGGCACGUGGCCUAUCUUCGUCAAGCAUCCGUGGGGUAGCAUGUCCAAGGAGGCGCAAAACACAGCGUGCAAAUGGGCAAUCCCUCUGCACUUCUUCCACGGCUUCCUCGAGGAUUCCGUCAUGACCUUGGCAAUGAGGAGAGGAAUUCCUGCGCAGCCGGAUGAUGGGUUGCGACGCCAGAGGUCAGCAAGCAGCCAGCCGUUGCGCGGAGCGGUGGGGAUUUCGUCGCAGAGCAAGCCAGACCAGCCGUCAGAGGAGGGGGCGAGUGCGAGCUACCAGCGUGGCAGAGUGCCAGACCAAUCGUCAAAAGCAGAUGACGUGAAAGGAAUGUACAAGGAGGUGGACAGAGGGACCCUGGAGGAGGAGGAGAUCCCUCGAAACAUUCCGGCCGCUACCCGGGCGGCGCGGCGUCUUUGCCUAAAGGCGAAGCCUGCCUCCAAUGUUACUUUCACCACGAAGCGACUCGUGAGCGAGGCUGGCCAGUCGGCGUACAAGCUCUGGGGCACCUGUGGCAACUGUCAGCCAAAAUGUAGUUUCGGUGCACGUGUGACAAUUUGCAUCGACGGCAUGGGUGAGGGGAAGUUCACCGUCAGCCACCGAGGCGAGCACGAGCAGCAAAAACUGGCGCAGGGCGGUCGCUUGUUGUCGGCAGAAGUACAGAACAUCGUGAACGACGUGAUCGAGGCAAAGGCUCCUAUCACGACGAAAAGUCUACGGGAGGCUGCGGCGCGUGCAAACGUGGAGUUCGGCUGCGAGCCGGAGCAGUUGUACAACCUCGUCAGACGUUUGCGACAGAAGAACAAGCAGACCUCGCACGUUGCGCCCGUGGCCAGCCAAGUUUUUUUAGAUGAGGUGAAGGCUUGGGAAGCGGCCCUGCCGACGGAUCUCGACAACGCGGAGGAUCUGUCCCGCCUCAUCGUGCUGAAGUCGCCGCACGGCACCAUUGUGGAAGAAGGCAGAGUGUACGUGCCCAUGUCAUGUCCGGGCAUGCUGCUGCGGCUACGCGAUGCAGCCAAUCAUCGGAUCAGGCUCAUCGUGGACAUGAAGAUGGGGGCCGUCGCGAACAAUUAUGGUGUCAUCACGCUUUGCUUCGCAAGCAGCAGCGAGCGCCUGCGGAAUACAAGCGCCGCCAUGGUGCAGGGGCGGCGGCAGACCUAUCUAGCUCACACUUGCACCGCGCAGCCUGUCAUGCAAGCUAUCGUGCACACCGAGAGGGAGGACAACGUAACAGCUUGCUUCGAGGACCUGCGCUGGCUGUGCCAACAAGUGGGAGGCUUCGAUCUGACAGCGCAGCUCCUCCACGUACACGCUGACUUUGCACCGGGAAUAGCUGCUGCGCGGCGCAACGUCUUCCCUGGCGUGCGCCUUAUCGGGGACUACUUCCACUACAAGAAAGCGCUGUUCAAGAAGCUUCCGAGCAAAUUUCCAAAGGCUCCACAAGGCAGCGUGAAGGCAAAGGGUAGAAAGAGGCGAGACCCCAAUGUGGCGGUGGUGUCUGAAUUGUCCGACUUGACCAGGUGCCUGCCAACUGUGCAGCUCGCCGACGCAGUGUGGCAGGUGAUCUUCGAGAACUUGCCGACGGAGGCGGCCACCUAUCUACAGAAGGAAUUCUUUGCGCAGUCUAGUGUGGAGGAUCUGAAACGCGUCUUCAAGACCAUCAAGGCCCCAGCUCGCGGGGCGCAGAAGCUGUGGCUUCCAAGCUUCUGGAGUGGCGUUUUUGGCACGUGUCCAGGCGCGGGCGGAGGAACAAACCCUCUCGAGGCGCGGCACGGAUCUUGGGAGGCCGAGCUGCAGAGUCGCACCAAGGACGGCCUCGUCUCGGCUCUAGCAGGUUUGCAGCACCUAUACAAGAAGUGGGUCAAGAUCUUCGAUUGGGGCAAGGCCAUGAAAAUGACGCAUGCCCCCAGCGAAGGGAACGACUACCUGCUGAACAGUGGGUCGCUUCGGUCGCAGGGACGCUCUCCUGCGGUGGACUACUGGGCAAAGCGGAAUGAAGGGAACUAUGUGAAGUUUCACAUCUGCGACUUCUGCAGCACAGGGAUAUUGUACAUACUUGAUGGGUUCCGAGGGUCGGGGAUAGGCCCCAACACCGAGGAGUCGGAAUACACGACCUUCUGGGUGUUGGCUUCACCCACGGCCCCAGUUGACAAG